UGAGGAAGGAGGAGGCGCCUGAUAUGACUGAGUGGGACAAGGAGACGAAGAGUAAUAACCGUAUCAUUGAGGCUUUGCCGUGGGCUGGUAUUGUCUUGGGUUCUGCGCUCUGUGGGUUUCUUGCUUGGUAUGGAUGGCAGAGUGUUCCCACGAACACAUACAAUCUCGUCCUCGAUGAGUCGUUCGCCAACGGUAUCCAGAACUCGACAUGGAACUACGAAAUCCAGCUCGGUGGUUUCGGAAACGGCGAGUUCGACAUGACCACCAACUCCGCACAAAAUGCCUACGUCGACGAUAACAAUCUACUUCAUAUCGUCCCGACACUCUCCAGCGACACAUACGGCGCCGACGCCAUCACGAACGGGUACACCCUCAACCUCACCACCGCCGGUAUCUGCACCUCCGACCAAACAGACAAAUGCGCCAUCACCUCCAACUCCUCUACCGGCACCAUUCUCCCGCCAAUCCGGUCUGCGCGGUUAACAACAAAAGGCAAACACGGUAUCGAAUACGGUAAAGUCGAGGUCGUGGCAAAGAUUCCAAAGGGGGAUUGGAUGUGGCCAGCGAUAUGGAUGAUGCCGACGAAUGACACAUAUGGACCCUGGCCCGCGAGCGGCGAGAUGGAUAUCAUGGAAGCACGCGGGAAUACGCCUGGUGUUGGGGUGGAGGGUCGCGACUAUGUUUCGAGUACCCUGCAGUGGGGUCCGAGCUCCGCGUACAACCGCUACUGGAAGACGAGUAGUGUGGUGCGGAUGCAACACGGCGAUUACUCAGAUAGAUUCCAUACAUUCGGAUUGGAGUGGACCCCGGAGUAUGUUUUUGCGUAUGUGGAUUCGAGGUUGAGGCAAGGAAUGAGCGUACGGUUCUCGAAGUCGUUUUAUGAGCGUGGACAGUUCCCGCGUUCGGAUUGGCAGAAUAAUACCGUUAUUCUUGAUCCGUGGACGGGGACUGAUGCUUUGCCGGAUGCAUCGAAUGCGACGCCUUUUGAUCAGGAGUUUUAUCUGAUUCUCAACGUGGCUGUUGGUGGUACGAACGGGUAUUUUCCGGACACGAUGAAGGGUAAGCCGUGGGUUGAUGCUACCGCCACUGCGAGGAGGGACUUUUGGAGCGCGAGGGAUGAGUGGUAUAAGACUUGGCCGGCAGAGGAGGAGAGAGGUAUGAUUGUGAAGAGUGUGAAGAUGUAUCAGUUGGUGGAAGCGGGGAAGAGGUAUAUUUGACUUGGGUAUAUGGGGUGGUUAUCUGAU